CUCUUCAUCCCGGACUACGGCUCCGGGCGUGGGAAACGACGCUACUGCGAGACAAGCUGCCACAUCCACCCAUACAACAUGAUGAACGCAUGAGUCGUACUGUAGCGUCUCUAUGGCUCUUUGCGUCCGUCUUCCAAGCUUCGGUCUCCACGCCACCAUCAAAAUGCCAUUCGACUAGCAUCUCCUCCAGCCACGAGUGGGCCGGACAAGGAUUGGUCUCAUCCUGGCUUGGGCCAUGUUGCUCAACUGACUUGGAAGAUGGCCAAUGUACAUCCACAAUGCCAUGGUCCAAGGUGUUUCCGGCGUCCUCAAAUCGCGGGGAUGACAACGAGUAUCCAGCUGGAGCCCAAUGUUAGCCGCACGCGACAAACACUCAAAUAGCCAUUGUUCUCCGCCUCCAGAUUCCGGCUCUCGUCUCACUUCCCCAGCUCACCACAAAGGAGUAGGAGUAUAAUAAACCUCCUUGUCCCCUCUGUCUUGACC